AUUUUUAAAAUAUUUUCUCUAAAAUGCUGUAUAUAAAAUCGAGCCCGAGAGAUCGAGCGACCGAACUUGUAAUGUAAAAGCCGAUAGAGGGAGACAACAUUUUCGUCGAUGCUAGACAACGGUAAACAACUACUUGUAAUUGGCUAUUUAUGCUGUUUUAUGGUGUUUUAUCCUUCUGCUUUUACUGAUAUUCUUAAGAUGGGGUCUCAAAAUUAUGGUCAUCCAAGUUUUAAAAGCCAGAGUUCAUCAAGAGCGCCAAAAGGAAGUAGUACAGCACUGGCUGCUGUGGCAAUCCAAGACCACAUGAUGCAGAAUCUCUCCCUUGUGGACCCUUUUAAGAAGCCUCUUCAAAGAUUCCCACCAGCCAAGAAACCAACCAAAGCUGCCAAGGCUGUGGUAGACACCGGGAGGAGUAAGAAGCUUCUUAAGAAUGCCAAGAAACCGGUCGAGGAGAAAGAGUAUGUCCUGGACCCAAAGCCUAAACCACUCUCUCUUGCACAGAAGAUGGGGAUAGUGGAUGCACCAGAGCAACCUCUGUCAGAGGUCCAGUGGGCUAGCGUCAAAGACCAAUCUAACAAGAGAGAUGAUUCCAUCCAACCUUGUGCUAUCUGCAAAGAAGACUUUGGUCUUCAUCAACAGGUUCUGCUUUCAUGUUCACAUGUAUUCCACAGGAAUUGUCUUCAAGCAUUUGAGAGAUUCACCGGUCGUAAGACGUGUCCCAUGUGUCGAAAGCAGGCUUACCAAACCAGGGUGAUACAUGAAGGUGCUACCUAUCACAGACAUCACUGUGCUACAAGGAUACAGGCGUGUUGGAGAGGGUAUGUUGUGCGAACCUGGUACAAGAAGCUCAGAGAAACUGUUCCACCUAAGGAUCCAAAAUUAAGACAGAAAUUCUAUGAAGCAAAGCUGCAGGCCAUCACCGAUCGGCUAGUCAGAUCAUAUGACAUGAGGGUGGAGGAAUUCCUUUCGCAAAUCGACCGGUCAGUGGCCGACAGUCGAAGCGUGUUCAACAGCCUGGACUCCUCGUCACUGCUGAGGGCGAUCACGGAAGAGCAGUGGGACGAGAUCCAGUACAAGGCCGUUGAGAGAUGUGAGAAAGAUUGUCCCAUCUGCAUCAUGCCUCUUGGGAACAUCUCAGAGGGAAACGCAGAGAUAGACUCACCUAGACAAGGCAAACGCGUCACUGUUCUGCUCUCCUGCACCCAUGUCUUUCAUCUGUGUUGCUUAGAAGCCUUUGAAGAACUGUCGUUGGGGGUGCAGAAGAUCUGCCCUGUAUGCCGCGGAGGGUAUCAGAAAAGGGUUCAGGACCUGUGAGGGGAGGAAGAAUUCAUAUAUUUGUGAAUCUGAUUAUCACUGAACUGAAGAUUUUUAAUUUCAAGGUAGGAGGAAAGGAGGAACUCUGUCUUUCAUCUGUGCUGCUUAGAAGUCUUUGAGGAACUAUUUCUACAAGUAGCUUAAGAUGUGUCCUGUGUGUUGUCCAGAUUACAAGAACCAAAUUAAAGAUCUUUAAAAGAAAAUAUAUUUAUAUAACAUUAAAGAUGUUUUUAUCAAGCUAAGAGGUAAGGGUGAAAAAUUUAUUCAUCUGUGAUGUGUAGAGGCUUUUCAAAACUAUCUCCAGGAGAAAGAUCUGUUGUGUUAGUUGUAAAAAAAUUAAUAGUUAUGAACUAUCAUUAAGAUGAAAUAAAAAUUAUGAAAGGUUGAAGGAUAUGUGUCACCUUUCUCGUCAGCUGUAAGUCAUUAAGGAUAUCAGAUAUGGACUGAAAGAGAUAUAUUUGAGUCGAUUAUAAUAAUGAAUUUGUUUAAUGCAAGUUUUGAUAUUCAUAAAAGGGUGUUUUAAAGAUAACUAGAAAUGGUAAGGAUUUCUUUCAUCUAUAUCAGCUAUGCUGCUUUGAAGGCUUUUUUUGAAUUGUUGGAAGAAACACUUUGAAUGAAUUAUAAGAUCUGUCCUGUAUGUAAGAGAUUCAGAAUCUGUGCUAACUAGACAAUGAAUUGAUGGACAUGCAUUAAGAAGAUUAUUAUUUCAGUGUAGAGGAUGAAACCCAGCUGCGCUAAUAUGGAUGAGAGAUGUUCUUUUCUGUACUGUCCGGAGGAGAAUAUUUAUUUAUAGGUGGAAAAUGUGGCACAAACUGAAAAAUAUUCAUAUGAGGGUAAAGUAAAUGGCACAUCCUAUUAAUGUGGGAGUGAUAUUUACUCCAGGUUUCAUGUCUACUUAGAGGAUGAUUAAUGCAGAUGAGUGUGUACUUAGAGUGAUUAAAUAUCAUUAUUACACUAAUUGUAAAUUACCUAAUAAUAUGCUGCUAUUACAUUGCAUUAAUAAUUCAGCACUGCAUGAUUUUCUGUCAUUGUAAUGCACUCUGUUACUCAAUAUUUAUUACACUUUAUGCUACACAGAUUUUGCCAAAUUGUUAAUGGUGCUCACUUGAUUUUCCAAUUUGAAAUUUUAAUCUCACACAAAUUUGAAAUUCAAAUUAGAAGGAGGGUAGAAAUAUUAUAUCAUCCAUUUGGUUACAAUCAUAUAGACAGUACAAUAUUAAUGAUAUUGAUAUUCUGGGUUGUUAUAGAGCUUUAAAAAAAUUCAUUAACGAGCAAUGUUUCCAAGUGCUUUACAGAUAUAUUAGUCAUUAGAUUCAGGCUUACCCACACAGUCUAUGCAAAUUCUCCACUCCAAAGGGAGCCAUCCAGCCAGGAGCCAAUUUACAGAUUCUCACAAUGCUGAGCAAACUAUUAUGUAUGUAAAGAGAAUAUACAGCCAUUUGCUUAUCAAACAGUAUCUAUUGACACCAUUUUUUGUUUACUUGAUCUAGAUUUUCCUUUUAUUGCUUUUAUUUGUGUUUGGAGAAGCAGAAUAUAAGCUGACAACAGGAAAUGUUAACUCUUGUAGAACUGAAUAUGAUACUAUCUUAAAAGCUAAGUGCAAUAUUACAAAUUUUCAAUGUUAUUGCAUAUUUGCAUUUGUGUGUUGUCUGUUUUAUAAACUGUUAUUUGUUAACGAA